UACGCGAUCAGCUAUUACUCUAAAAAAUGUGCUAUUUUAGAAGUUUUAUGACUGGUCAUCACUAAUUUGUUAACGUUUUUAAUAUUAAAUAUUAUUACUAUAAUUAGUUGAAAGGUGGCUUGUUCAACAUGGCUUGGCAAAUGCCGGGUCAAUGGAACACAGGCGUUCCACAAAUGAACCAAAUGACGCCAGAUUUAAACAUGGGAUCCUACACACCUGAGCAAUGGGCUGUUAUGCAGCAACAGAAUUGGCAGCAAUGGACCCAGUGGCAGCAACAGUAUUCGCAAUGGCAAAGCCAGUAUGGCGAAAAGUAUGCACAGCAAAUGCAGUCUAUGGCAAUGGGGGGGAUGGCGCCACCGCUCCCAACUUCAAAUACUGCCCCUCCUCCAGCACCGCCUCCACCGGAGAAGCCUCCGCCACCUCCACCACAUGAGAACAACCAGCCCCUAUUUGGACAACCCAACCCAGUACCAGCCCCUGGAUCACAGCCAAUUCAACAUACAGGGAGUUCUAAUAAUAUUAGCAUUCCUACAGGUAACACACAAAAAAAUUGGCAGCAUGGAAACGAAAACCGGCAAGAAGCUUCCUUACCGGCCAAUGCAGAGGCCUUAAAGAAACUAGCAGAGGAAGAAAGGCUCUUCGAUAUUCAGUUUGAAAAGUGGGAAGAAGAAAUCCAAAAAUGGAAAAGGGAAAAUGUGAACCAUCCGGACAAACAGGCUUAUCAUGAGUAUGAGCAAAAAUUUGAAACUUGCAGGGCACAAUUGUUAGAGCGUCGGCAGGUGAUGAAACAGAAGAGGGCACGACUGCUGGGCCAGGCUGCUCCCGCUGCAGGCAGUGCUCCAACAGGUAAUCCAUCCCCAGCUCCCCCUCCUCAACAAACUAUGACUGCCAGUCGUAACCCUAAUUUGCAGUCCCAAAGCAACACUAGCUCAUCAAAUCUCGCCCAGCCAAGCAACCAUUAUAAACAACAGGAACAACAUAAUUACAGACCAAAUAAUAAUCAAAUGUCAACUCAAAACUUUAAAAACAAUCCUCCCCAAAAUUACCAAGGUAAUGCUCAAUAUGCGCAAUAUAACAAUAAUAUGCAACAAGGUUAUAACAGGAGCAAUAAUCAAGGUGUGGACCCACAAGACAGAUUUGAGUCCUAUGACGCUCAGGAUACAUAUGAGACCCAGGAUAUGGAUGAGGGUAAUUACUCCCCGGCCCCUGUUACGACCACAAACUUUUUACCUGGAGCUGGAUCUGCUAAAGGCAUUCCAGGGUUGGAUUUAGUACCCGAAGACAGAGAGGGUCAACCGCAACAACCUGAGGUUAUUGAUAUAACUGGUGACAAACCAAAAACCACCCACCCGCCAGACCUUACUAACAUUUCUAAAGGCAUAAACAACAUACUUGGAGAUGAGAAAAUCAUGAACAUCCUUUCAAUGGUUCGGGAUCAAGUUGCACCUCCUACUCUCAAUAAGCCAGGUCCUACUGCGCAAAGUGUACCAUACAAUAAUAUGAAUAACUCCAAUGUUCCACCUAAUGUACCAUUUAAUAAUAAUAUGAGUAACACUAAUGCUCCUCAAAAUGCUCCAUAUAACAAUAUGAGUAACGCAAAUGCUCCUCCAAAUGCCCCAUAUAACAAUAUGAGUAACGCAAAUGCUCCUCCAAAUGCCCCAUAUAAUAACAAUAUGAGUGCUCCUCCAAAUAAUCAGUGGGACAGAAAUCAUGCUACACCUAACCAACAAUUUAGUAAUGCUCCCCCGAACAUGUACUACAAUCGUCAAGGUCCUGGCUAUGGUGAUCAAUCUCAGCAAGAUCAGCAGUAUCCACCUCAAAGAAGGAAUGACAGAGAAAAUAUGUCAAUGGAUCCAUACAAUGAUAGGAAUAUGCAAGGUCAAAACAUGCAACAAAGACCACCUAUGAGACCUAACAUGCCUAACAUGCAAAACAAUCCCCAACCACUUAUGCAAGGGGGUCAAGGCUAUCCGAAUGAUAAUUUCAAUAGGAGACCUCCGCCACCUCCGCGAGGAGCUCCUGACAAUAUGAGGCCUAUGAGACCCAAUAUGAGUACUAUGCCGCCACCAAGGCCCCUCAUGGCAGGCGUGCCCGGUUAUGAUGAACAGGAUUAUUCAAGGGGGCCUCCUGAUAACAGAGGGAUGCUUGGCAAUAUGAAUAACCAGGCAAUGAAUAACCAAACUGCGGCGCCUCCGCCACUUCCACAGCCGGUGCGCCCGAAGUGGACUGAAGAACCAUUAUUUACUCCGUCGAUAAUUGUUGAAUAUGAACACAAACCUCUAAGAUUGAAAGCUCGUGAAUUUAUUGAGCCCGUCCAUAUGUUUGACUACAAUCACAAAUCAAAGGAUGAUAACAUUAAGAAAAGAGAUUUUGAAAAAGAGGCUGAUGAAUUAUUCCAAAGGAAACCCAGAAGAAUCGAGUCAGAAGAUGUGUAUAGAGAAAAUCGUUUCGGUCCAGGUGAUUACAUGGAAAAUCGUUUUGCCGCUGAAGAUAACUCUAGGGAUUAUUCACCAAGGGAUUUCGAACGACGAUAUCCUAGAGAAGAAAUAAGACAUGACCAUAGGGAAUUAAGAGAUGACUACAGGGACAUCAGAGGUCCUCCUAGGGACGAAUAUGAUGAUAGAAUUGAUAGACGAAGGCUAAAUGAAAGAUAUGAUGAAAGAAGACGCGAUGAUCGCGACAAAUUUCCUAGACGCGAAGAUUUUACUAGAGACAGAGGGCGGGAACGUGAUCGAGAUAGAGAAGAUUCAUACAGACAAAGAGAUAUACGUAGAGAUGACAACCGCCAUGACAGUAGAAAUCGCAGUAGGAGUCGUGACCGUGACACCCGUAAAAGAGGCCGCAGCAGAGAAAGUAACAUAAGCGAGACCUCGUCAAAGAAAUCAAAAGAAGUGGAGAAGAAAAAUGAAUCUCCCAAGCAUGUUGUUAUGAUUGACGAUAUUUUAGAACCCCCAGGUCGUGAAAUGAGGCCAGAGAAAAUAGUUAUUAUUUUACGAGGUCCCCCUGGCAGUGGCAAAUCGUAUUUAGCAAAAUUAAUAAGAGACCGCGAAGCGGAACACGGCGGAACGGCUCGAAUCAUGUCCAUUGACGACUAUUUCAUGCAGGAAGGGGAAAUAGAAGAAAAAGAUCCUACUACUGGCAAAAUUGUCAAGAAACCAUCUUUAAAAUAUGAAUAUGAAGCAAAAUCAGAAGAAACUUAUAUGAACUCUCUGAAAAGAGCAUUUAAAAGGUCAUUGACUGACGGCUACUUCAACUUUUUGAUAUAUGACGCAGUGAAUGACACGCUGAGAAGCUACGCCGAUAUUUGGAACUAUGCUAGACAACAAGGUUUCCAGGUGUACAUUUGUACAAUGGAGUUGGAUUCCCAGAUAUGUUUCAAGAGGAAUAUCCACGGUCGAACGUUGGGUGAUAUUCAAGUGAUAACCACUCGGUUCUUUUCGACCCCGGACCACCACAUUCAGCUGGACGCGACGACGCUGUUACAAAGCGGGGCCAUUACCGAGGUGCAGAUGGAAGACGUGGAUGACGAUAUCAUAAUGCAGGACGCGCAGGAACCAGAGGUUGAAAGCUCUUUUACUUCGAAGUGGGAGAAAAUGGAUGACGCGGCGCAACUAGCUCGGCUCGACGGCACCAGCAAGCCGCUCCGGCCCUCGCACGUUUCAAUGGAGGACUACCUACAGCUAGACGACUGGAAACCAACCACAGCUAAGCCAGGGAAGAAAACGGUACGCUGGGCAGACAUAGAAGAGAGCAGUCAGCAAGAGAAGAUGCGUGCCAUCGGAUUUGUGGUAGGGCAGACGGACUGGAAUCGCAUGACAGAUCCUACUAUGGGUUCUAGUGCGCUCACUCAAACUAAGUACAUUGAGAGAGUUAGAAGGAAUUAAGUCAUAACUUAUAGUUUAGUGUUACCAUUUAAUCUUGAAUAAGGUGUAAAACCAGUUCACAGAACUUGUUUGAAGUUUUCAGUAUAGACCUAGGCAGUCAUUUCGGAUAACAAAUAAAAACAUUAUUUUAUUAUGAAUGUCGCAGAUUUGUGCGUA